CACAUGGAUUAUCUCCUCUGGAGUGUAGUGAGGGCGGAAGACGUGUUGGCUCAUGUGUGCGUCAGUGCGUUUUAUUGAUUCUCAACCUGAACUGUUAGACUCGACACAGACAGGACGACAGCAGAAGCUCCUGCCAUCAUGUCUGUGAGCGAGAAUGAAGCCAGCAUUUCUAACACAAAUCAUCCAGAAGCUCUUGCUUUGGAGCUUACAUGCCCCAUCUGCUUGCAACUAUUCUUUGAGCCAGUUUCUCUCCCCUGCGGUCACAUCUACUGCUUUGGCUGCCUUCAGACCAUGGGAGAAGGCCUUGAUCAACACAGCUGCCCUGAGUGCCAGGCUGAGUACCAGGGAACCAAAUCCCUUGUGAAAAACUUCAAAAUGCGCAGCAUCGUAGAGACCUACAAAGCCACUGCUGGGAAAAUCCUCUCCGCUCCAAGCCCGCCUGAUGUGGGCCAUGUAACAGUCAAGCGUAAUGAUAGCUCUCCAACUGCGGAGUCAGAUGCAAAAUACCCCCAAAGCUUAGCAGCAACUGGAAAGAACCAAGAGGAGAGUGCAGAAUGCAAGGCACAGGAUGGCUUUCAGAUUGGGUCUGGAUCCACACAACACCCGUUUUCUUUGGAUGAAGAAAAAGGCAGUUGCAAAGGCAAAAUGGAAAUGGAUGAACCUAAGUUUAAACUGGCAUCUCAAGUCACUGAGUUGAACCUCAAGUUGGAGAUGGCAGAGGGUGUCCUGAGGAAGGAAAAGGGGUGGGAGCUGGAGGUAACAACAGCUAAUGCUCAGCUGAGAGAGAAAGUAUCCAAACUGUUGGGGCAGAUUAAGGAUUUGUCACAGAGCUACAGUGAGCAGGUGACACAGAUGAUUGAAGAAGAGUUAGGACCAGGUGAGGCCAGUGUUUUCAGUCGAGUCAGUCAGGCCUCUGAGCUGACUAGGCAGCUGAGGCAGGCCAUGCUGAGGGCUGAGUCCCUGCUGACUGAAGAGGAUGAGACUGCGUUUAGUGACGAGCUCCAAAAUCUGCAGCCGCACAUUCAAGAAUUAAUGGAAAAACCAGUCGGAGAAGAGGAAGACUUUGUUGAAGUGAAAGUCAACCCUGCAAGAGUUUGCCCCAAGCUGGAAACCAUGAAUGCUGAGCUGAGGGAAAGACUUGGACAGAUUCAGCGCUCCCUUCGGAACACCUUUAACCCUUCAGAGGUGACUUUUGACCCAGAAACAGCCCAUCCUAACCUCAUUCUCUCAGAGGACUUGAAGACUGUGACUUUCAGCACCGUGAAACAACCCUACCCAACUUCUCCUCAGAGGUUCAUGAGCUUCUUUCAGGUCCUCAGCACCCAGACUUUCUCUGAAGGCGAUCAUAGCUGGGAGGUGGAGCUUGAAGGCUCUCCGUGGAUCAUCGGUAUUUGCUACGGCGGGAAGCUUGAGCGUGUCGGCCUGCCAUCUGCUCUGGAAAGCAGCCGGAGCUCCUGGUGUCUGAUGUGGUUCAACAACCUACUGACAGCCUUUGAGCAGAGUCACAGUGUGCCGCUGAAGAAGACCACAGUGUCCCGCAGGCUGGAGAUGAGGCUGAGCUUCAAGACCCACAGACUGAGCUUCUACAACAUCAGCUCCAUCAGUGGGAAGACACAUAUAUAUACAUUUAAGGCUAACCUGACGGAACCGGUGCACCUGGCCUACAGGAUGAUGUCAGGGCACCCCAAGGCCCGUGUCGCUAUUUAUUCAUAAUCAGAGUUCAUUAAUUUAUUGAAAUGGCUGCAUGUGAGAAAGAACUAAGUCAUCAUAUUUGAAACAUGGUUUGUAUGAUGAAAAAUUUUCCCUGUACUUGAAAUCUGGUGUUUAGCUAGGUUGGAUUCUCAAGUCUAUGAAGGCAUAGAAACAAAAUUGACUUAGUCACUCACUGCAGAAUGUCUGAAGACCCUUGCACAAAUCCAAUCUGAAAGCUGGAGUGGAUUUUUUUGUUUUGUUUUUACAUCAGGAUAAUUUAUUGGUAUAAUCUAACUGAACCCUCUGAAACCCAAAACCCACCAGCAAGUCAGAAAAAUUCACCAAAUGACAUCAUUUAUUCACUCCAGAACCUCUAAAAAGAUAAAGAAUGAUCAGAUUUUAUUUUUUGCUUUCUUUAAUGGUCCCUGAACAUAUUAGGUUUGACAUGCAGUUCAAAAAAUAACACAAAAUCAUCAAAUGUUGUAAUAUUUUAUCAAAAUCAUUUUGUUAUACAUGUGUCAUUCAAAAAAUUGACACAAACUUAAAAGUUUGAUUGUGUUAAAAAAAACAAACAAACUGAGAAAUCAUAACUGACUCAGCUGUGAUCAACAAUCAUGUGACAAAAAAAUUAAGACACUUUUUGGCUGAACUGUAAGAUGUGAUUACACAGAGGAGAUGACAAGAAAGACUGAGAGAAAAGCAAAACUUAUUUAUAAAAUUAGUGCAGCAUGGUUUAUAAGUUAAACAACGGAGCAAGUUGUCAGAAAUAGAGGAGCACGACUUCAUAUUGCAUUUCAAAAUGAAAAUGAAUGGAAAUGUGACAGAAUCAGAAAACGCCCAAAACAUCUUAUGGUUCAGUGGGUUGAACAGGAAAAGUGCAUUAAAUAUUGAAAUGUGUGUUUCUGUAAUGUUUAUCACCUUCCAUCUGACAAAUAAACGCCUUAUAAAAUG